AUGCCUCGCGGAACCGGUCUCAUCACUAAAGUUUUCUACAAAGGCAACACCGAUGACUUCAUCGUCUUCGUCGAAUCUCCAGAAGACUUGCAAGCAUGGAAGGCGGACAAAUCCAUCCCGUUGGCGCAGGUGGUGAACUCGUUUAAGAUCAUGGUGACACACAAGCACGGUGCACAGGGUCAGAUGGACGGAGCAUCCAAGGCUAGUUUGGAGAAUGAGUUUGGUACGUCGUAUGAAGACGACGUCAUCAAGAAGAUUCUCGAGACCGGUCAGAUGCAGACUGUUUCGAACUCCGAACGACCUGGAAUUCGUAACGAGACCAUGGGUCCAAGACAAGGUCAUCCAACCGCCUAG